AUGCUGGCAUCGUCGUAUCUCUCGGCCCUUCUGGGCCUCGCGUGUCCAGCAUUGGUCGGCGCUCAGGUGCUUCCAAAUCACCAAGAAGUUGUGAACACCACUCUCGCCGCCCUUGGAGGGGUUGGCCCUCUCAGCCAGCUCAAAGGAGUCACUUUCCAGGCGAAAAGAAUCUAUCGAUCACGUUCACUCAUGCAAAGCUACCAGCCCAUGAGGGCUGAUACCCCAGUCAUGUCCUCUGGAUCACAGAAUGUUUCGUACAAGCUCGACGGGGAUCAUUUGCAACAGAGGAUUGAUCGCCACGCUACUCCUUCUAGCAACUGGCAAUGGGGCUCAUCUCAGCUCAAGCCGCUCGACUUUUCGUUGGUCGUUCGUGAUGGCGACGAUGGCUUCGCUUGUUACGUCAAGGGAAACAACCUGAUUCACCUUGCCAACAAUGUCACCUCUGGCUACACCGACUCUGCGCUGGCACAUAAUCUGGUGACCGAAGCCAAGAUGCUGUCUCCGCACCUUUUGUAUCGGAUGAGGACCGCGACCGUUUCCCUAACCGACGUCGAGAUCAAUGGUGUUGUUUUCCAAGGCAUCCACGACGUUCAACAGGGUAUCACGGUAAUCCUCGACCGGCAGACGAAACUGCCAUACAUCAUUCGCCGAAUCGAAAGCCAUCCCAUCUAUGGGAUCGCGUACAAGGACCUAUAUCUUUCGUUCUAUAAGGAGGUUCAUGGGAUCAAAUUUCCCCACGCCAUUCAGACCGUCUACAGUGCCCAGAACCAGCCUAUCAGCGCAGUCCUGGAAGACUUUGUGAUUGAUCAAGUCAACAUCGACCCAGACUUCCCCACCGACUUCUUCGAUGGAAUACCUGAGAAUGAGAGCUUGGGUCUCAAGAGUGCGCCGGCUGCAUCUUCUGUCGUCCCCAAUGGUCUCGUUACGGAUUACAGCUCCAGCAUGCUGGGAUCAGGCGUUCCCGCAGGAGCUCGGGAGAUCAAGGAAGCCCAUAACCCAACUCAGGGUCUUUCUCAAGUUCAUUGGCUGGUCCUGAACAAUAAUGACGCACUUGGUUUCAAAAUGGUUGUGAUUGAGUUCGAGAUCGAAGUUAUACUUUGUGAUGCGCCUCCUGGGUGGAGCGAAACAAUUAUUAAGUGGGUGGCAGACAACCUGAAAAAGCCUAUCAAAUUCGUCGCGCCAUCGCAUCAUCAUCGUGACCACUCUGGUGGUGUGCCUGAUUUCGUCAAAGCGGGCGCAACAUCAAUUAUUCCAGAAGUUGCAGUUGACUACUGGUCAAACAUUCCCAAUGCCAGGUUUAUUACCUUCAAUCAAACACAUCCUUAUGUCCACCGUAACGGCAACAUCUCGGCCUGGUUCAACUGGGAAAACCAGGCAGCACAUGCAGCUGACUGGACCUACGUCGUUAUCACCCAGCGAUGUGCUGCCCCUGGCUCACCAGUGGUAGCCUUUGAAGCUGAUGCCUGGGAGGCCGGUAUUAACAUUGAGCGUUCAAGCAUGGGACAAAUGAGACAGUGGCUGGAUCAGAUCGUCGUGGAUGGUCUACCCAAACACACAGUUGUGUUUCCUUCGCAUGGCAAUAUCGCUACAUUAAGGCAACUCCUUGAGGACACCGGCUAUCCAUACCCUGAGUAUGAUGUUACGCAUUGGAUGAAGGGGGCAGCUAUCUGCAAGUAG